AUGAUAUACUACGUCAUAGCAUUUAGCCUAUCGCCUUUUAAAUAUUCGUUUGAGAUCACAAGAGUUCAUUGCGAUCAAUUUUCUGAAGUUAAUUUCUAUAUUGUUAUCAUUGGCUAUAUUCAUAAAAAACGAAUAUUAACGUAUUCUUCUCUAACUUUAAUCGCAGGUUUUCUGAGACAAAUUUUCUUUCAAUUUCAAACCUUGUGUACUUCAAACAUUGGUGCACAUAUACAGAUAAAGAAGAAAGACACAGUAAACAGAAAAGGCAGCACUCAAAGCGACCGCCUCGUAAGAACUGUAGCACAGUUGAUCUCACAAAAAUAUAAAAUGAGAAAUUCUUCUGAACUACAGAAGACACUAUUAAUAGCAGGCACAAAAGCUGUCAACCGGAAUAGCAAACAUGGUAUUACUAUAUGUUUCAGCAAUCUUAUUACUGUUUAUGCAGAAUGUUCACAGCCAAAACACAACCCUCUUUUCAAAACUUUAUUAUACCAAGCAACCAUUAAUAUUGGAGACACCUUAUCAAAUUGCAUCCCCGAAGUAUCAACACCUUCAUGUUCCACUUCACAACCAGAAUUUCGAAUAGUUGAUGGAACAUGCAACAACCUUUUAAAGAGAACACAAGGAGCUGCAAAUACACCAUUAUCAAGACUACAAAGUGCCGACUACGUUGAUAAUCUUGACACUCCACGUGGUUUUCCUGGAACAACUCCAACCGUUCCUACAGCUAUUCAAGUCUCCAACGCCAUCUUUACUGUCCAACGUCGUAACCGGCAAAGAGCAAGAGGACUAUCAGCAAUGUUCAUGGCAUUUGGACAGUUUCUGGAUCAUGAUAUUGGAUACACAACACAUCCAACUUGUGAUGUUUCAGCAGGAUGUGGCUCCGAUACUGCAUUUACAUAUCCAUGUUUUCCAAUCCGAUUUCAAUGGAGCGAGAUGUUUAUCGCUUGCAAGAUCAUUCCCAUUUACAGCAAUAAUUUAGCUGUUCACAAUCAGCUGAGGAGAUUGGAUGGAACUGGGUUACCGAGAGUGACAAGUGGCGAUCUGAUGCCCAUAAGACUGCCAGCAUCUGACCCGGAUUGUAUUAAUCCAGGAGGUUGUUCGUUAGUUGGUGAUGACCGUGGAGAUGAGAAUAUUGUCCUUCACACGUUGCAUACAGUGUUUGUUAGAAAUCAUAACUACAUUGUUAAACAACUGACGAAACUUAGAAAACAAUGGAGUGAAACAUUGCUUUUUGAAACUGCUCGAAAGAUAAAUAUUGCCAUCUGUCAACGUAUUGUGUACAAUGAAUUCUUGCCAAGUCUUGUUGAUCUGAGUCCAUACGUAGGAUACAAACCAUUUGUUGAUGCAAGCAUUAUCAACGUCUUCUCAACAGCAGCACUCAGAUUUGGUCACAGCUUGGUACCAAACGCAUGGGCUCAACUCAACAGCAACUUUGACAAGGCUUUUGACGAUAUUUCUCUUCAAGCAUCAUUUGAAAAUACUGUUCCUAUCCGUCAACGUGGUAUCGAAUCAACAGCAUUUGGUUUACUAGCUAACCAGUCACAAAGAGUGGACACAAGUUUUGCUUUUGGUCUUGUGAGAAGGUUGUUCGUUCCUCUUGGAGAAAAUAGACGUGCAGAUUUGACAGCUUUGAACAUACAAAGAGGACGUGAUCAUGGAAUACAAACAUAUGGAGCUUGGAGAAGAGUAUGUAAUUUACCUGCUGUUAACACGUUUACCGAUUUGGGUGGUGUCAUGCCAAAGAGAAUUGCUGAUAAAUUUUCGGAAGUGUACAAUAACCCUAAUGACAUCGACAUAUUUGCAGCUGGUAUUGCAGAAACACGUACAAAUGGAAAAAUGCUCGGCCCAACUUUUCAGUGCAUUCAAAAGAUCCAAUUUGAGCGUUUCAGAGAUGGUGAUCGAUUUUGGUACGAAAGGCCUGGAGUAUUUACAAGCAAUCAAAGAAGAGAAAUAAACAGGAUGACAUUAUCAAAAGUUUUAUGCAAUACGUUAAAAGACAUUGUUUCGAUUCAACCGAGAGCUAUGCGAGCUGUUACGUCUAAUACUGUACGAAGAGAAUGCAGUGGUUUGAGAGAUAUUGAUUUCUGUGCCUGGCUCUAUGUAGAAAUAUUUAUCCGUGACUGGAUUAUCAUGGACAAAAUAAUGAAUUCAAAUAGAUACAUAGACGAAAAUAAACUGCAAGAAGAUACGCACGUGAAGAAAGUUAAGCUUAUUUCCUCUUUAGUUAUUUCAAAGUUUUGUCUUCACUAUACAUCAAAAUGUAGAUUUUUUAAUCAAAACAGACUGAAGUUUUGCUAA